GCCUGCCGCUUCCUCUCCCGCAACAUGUGUGACGUUUCUGGACCGUGCGGCUGCGGCACCGGCACCUCGCCCCGGGGAGAAAGACCCUGCAGCUCCACGGCGCCCCUCGUUUGACACAUGACCCACCCUCCUCCUCCGGCAGCUCCCGCCGAACCCACCCGCAGUGACGGUGGAAUCCGCCAGGGCCCGUGACAUCUCCGCAGAGGAAGCUAAGAUGAAGGACAUGCCACUCGGGAUGCACGUGCUGGUUGGCCUGGCAAUCACGACGCUCGUGCACGCCGGGGAGAAGAAAGCGGAUUGCCCACCGUCGUGCACAUGUGAGGUCAGGCCGUGGUUUACGCCCCGAUCCACGUACAUGGACGCGUGGACCGUGGACUGUAACGACGUGGGCCUCUCCCACUUCCCAGCCAGGCUGCCUGCCGACACGCAGGUCCUGCUCCUGCAGACGAACAACAUCGCCGACAUCGAACACUCCACAGACUUUCCGGUGAACCUCACUGGCCUGGACCUGUCGCAGAACAACUUAUCUUCCGUCGACAACAUCAGCGUCAGAGAGAUGCGCCGGCUCCUGUCUGUGUACCUGGAGGAAAACAAGCUCACGGCGCUGCCCGAGAGGUGUCUGUCGGGGCUGAGCAACCUCCAGGAGCUCUACGUCAACCAUAACUCGCUGUCUGUCAUCUCGCCGGGAGCCUUCAUCGGCCUCCACAACCUCCUCCGGCUGCAUCUCAAUUCAAACAGGUUGCAGACCAUCGACAGGAAGUGGUUUGACGCCCUCCCCAACCUGGAGAUUCUGAUGAUUGGGGAGAAUCCAAUCAUCAGAAUCAAGGACAUGAACUUCGAGCCGCUGGUCAAUCUUCGCAGCCUGGUGAUAGCGGGCGUCAACCUCACGGAGAUACCCGACGACGCCUUGGUUGGGCUUGAAAACUUAGAGAGCGUCUCUUUCUACGACAACAGGCUGCGGAAGGUGCCCCGUGCGGCUCUGCAGAAAGUGGCCAACCUCAAGUUCUUGGAUCUCAAUAAAAACCCCAUCCGCAGGAUACGCAGGGGGGACUUCAGCAACAUGCUCCACCUGAAGGAGCUGGGGAUGAACAACAUGCCCGAGCUGGUUUCCAUCGACGGCCUGGCCGUGGAUAACUUGCCGGAUCUACGGAAGAUAGAGGCGACCAACAACCCCCGGCUGUCCUACAUCCACCCCCACGCGUUCUUCAGGCUCCCCCGGCUGGAGUCGCUCAUGCUCAACAGCAACGCCCUCAGCGCCCUGUACCAGGGCACCGUGGAGGCCCUGCCCAGCCUCAAGGAGAUCAGCAUCCACAGCAACCCCAUCCGGUGCGACUGCGUCAUCCGCUGGAUCAACAUGAACAAGACCAGCAUCCGGUUCAUGGAGCCCGAGUCGCUCUUCUGCGUGGACCCGCCCGAAUUCCAAGGCCAGAACGUCCGGCAGGUGCACUUCCGGGAGAUGAUGGAAAUCUGCCUCCCCCUCAUCGCGCCCGAGAGCUUCCCUUCCAACCUGGACCUAGAAGCCGGGAGCUGCGUGUCCUUACACUGCAGAGCCACGGCCGAGCCGCAGCCCGAGAUCUCCUGGAUAACACCUUCCGGCCAAAAGCUCGGGCCUCACACUCUGACGGACAGGUUCUACGUGCACUCUGAGGGCACCCUGGACAUAAGAGGCAUCGUCCCUGCAGACGGGGGCGUAUAUACGUGCAUGGCAACGAAUCUGGUGGGCGCCGACUUGAAGUCCGUCAUGAUCCAAGUGGAUGGUUCGUUCCCCCAAGAUAACAACGGGUCCUUGAACAUUCAAGUCGAAGACGUCCGGGCCAAUUCCGUUCUGGUGUCUUGGAAAGCGAGUUCCAAGAUUCUCAGGUCCAGCGUGACGUGGACCACCUUCAUCAAGACAGACACGUCCCGUGCCGCCCACAGUGCUCGCCUACCGUCCAACGUCAGGGUGUACAACCUGACUCGCCUGAACCCCUCCACCGAGUAUACCGUUUGUAUCGACAGCCCCACCAUCGACCAGAAAACCAGGAAACAGUGUGUUAAUGUCACCACGAAAGGGUUGGACCCCGCUGGGGAAGCAGACGGAAGGAGUCACAGCCCCACCUUCGUGGCCGGCCUCGCGGGCUUCCUGGGGAUUAUCGGUGUGCUGUGUCUCUUCAGCUGCCUCCCGCGAAACAUGAUCGGAGAAGCUGGACGUGGCCACGCGAGGAACUACUUGCAGAAGCCGACCUUCGCGUUCAGUGAGCUUUACCCGCCUCUCAUCGACCUCUGGGAAGCGGGCAACGAGAAAAGGGCGGCGCUGGAAGUGAAGGCCACUGCCAUAGGGGUGCCGACAAAUAUAUCCUGAAAACCACCAACCAGACCUACUUCGGGGGAGCUCCAGGCUGCUGGCCUGCUUGGGAAUGAAAAGGCAGAGGAACAGGACUUCCUGGGAGGAAGGUCCAGCUGCACCAAGGCUGCUCCGGCCAGUGGGAACAUGUACCAGUCCAGCAUCUUCAUCCACCGGCUUCAGAGGUACCGUGGCAACCAAAUAAACGAAGUCCAUUUUCUAGAACUUUCAUGUAACUUUUCUGUCUGGACUACAGUGGACAAAAAAAAACAAAACGUUUCUGUAUUUUUUUUAAGUAUAUAAGAGUAGCUGAACUGAGCAAUACCUCCUACUGUGUUGUAUCACACCUAUUAGCCACGAGUUUUUGCCGUGACCAGAUACACUUGAAUUGACACGUGGUGUAAUGAAAUGGACGAACUCUGUAGAGUAGACACCGUGAAUAUGUGGGCCUCUUUUAUAAGGAAAAAAAAAAUACAUUUUGGAUUAAAAUC